GUUAUCACAUCCGCUGCACUGUCCCCCGAUGAUGUGAUAAAGAAGAUUGGGACAGAACAUGGUUUAAACGAGCAGCAGUGGAUAGCGUUUCGGAUCGUUGCCGGUCACUUUGUGUGGAAGCAUGUUGUUAAGUGCAUUGAAGAGUCUGAACAGCUUACAAUGCUUAUGACUGGUCCAGGUGGCACAGGAAAGACUCAUGUUAUAAAGGCAGUCUGUGCAGUCAUGCAGUAUUAUGGAUGUGGACAUAUGAUUCAAUUACUCGCACCCACUGGCUCCGCUGCGGCUCUUAUUGAUGGAAUGACUGUUCACAGAGGUCUAGGAAUCACUAUCAAAUCUAAGAAUAAAGGGAAGGGCAAUCGGGAACCUGGUGAGAGUAAUCAAGAUUAUGCAGUGAUUGUCAGUGUUCGUAAACGGACUCAGCUUCGUGAGGAGUGGAAAAACAUCAUGUUCCUGCUGAUUGAUGAGAUUUCCCUGGUUAGUCUUCAACUCCUAGCUGAAAUCGAUCAUGCCCUACACUUCACUAAAGAGAGGCCCAAUCAGUGGUUUGGUGGCGUUGCAGUGAUCUUUUCCGGGGAUUUUUACUAG